AUAUACACUCGAUAGUACCGGCGCAAGUAAUUUAAUUAUUCUUGCAAAAGAGCUCUACUCACAUCAACGUUUUUGUAAUAAAUCAUAUUCCUUCUCAACUCCUCAGUGAAGCGCAAAACGCCGAGAGGUUGCAAUUUUAAUUGUGAAGACAACUGGAUUUAGAAAAAAAUAAAAUGGCAAACGAAGUUAACCCAAAAGCAUACCCAUUGGCUGAUGCCACAUUGACUGCAAAAAUUUUGAAUCUGGUUCAACAAGCAAUGAAUUACAAACAGUUGAGAAAAGGAGCUAAUGAGGCAACAAAAACGCUUAAUCGAGGAUUGUCUGAAUUUAUCGUGAUGGCAGCAGAUGCUGAACCACUAGAAAUUUUACUCCAUUUACCGCUGCUUUGCGAAGACAAAAAUGUCCCUUAUGUUUUUGUGAGGAGUAAGGAAUCAUUGGGCCGAGCUUGUGGGGUAUCUCGUCCUGUUGUUGCGUGUUCAGUAACUGUUAAUGAAGGAUCUCAACUUAAACCACAAAUCCAAGCCAUUCAGCAAGAAAUUGAACGUCUUUUGGUUUAAAUUAUGGUACCUGAUAUUAUUUAUCUAUUUUUUCAUUCACAUAAAAUGCUUUUUUUUUGUAAAAUUAUCCAUUAAUAAAAUUUAUAACAAAAGUAAAAAUAAAA